CUAGUACCGCUUAGGUGAGCUCGGAAGGGAUGCGGGGAAGCUGAGUGAAGUUGCCUUCCUGGAGAUAUUUCGUGUGUUCUUAAACCACAAACUUCCCGUUUGUAGGGCGGACGUAUAGCUUUAGGUGCGUAAGUGCUAGCGUAUUUUUACGAAUGACUCACUCAAUAUUCCUUACGGUUAAGUGCUUUUGAAAAAUGAACUUUGGCAUUCUAAACGUGCUGGUGAUAAACGAUACGUUUUUGGGCAUCGCCGAUGUGCGAGGAAAUCCAGUGUGGGUAGACCGCCAUUGAUUCCCAGAGAUGUAAACAGAGCGUAAGAGAAUUACAAGCUUGAUGUGCCCCAACGAAGUAUUUUGGUUUCUACUACUCUUUUGCCAUUUUCGGUCCGUAUGGAAUGUGGAUUAUUAUGAGUCAGUGCAGUGGACACCACAGAACCCCAAGUUCCAAUUCUCAAAAGAGGAUAUUCAAGAUGGUAAAGCCUAUUAUAGACUCUCUGUAUUAAUGACUUCAAAAAUGAUUGUCAUUUGUCCAAACCCCUCCACUUAUUUGGAAAAUGAGCAGCAUGCUAUCCCUAAUGAACAACGUUACGAGGUUGUAUGGUACGUGGAUAAACAGAGUUUUCAUGAUUGCAAAGUUGGAAAACCCGAGGGAAAACUCAAUGCUGUUUGGUUGCCCUGUGACACGCCAGACGUGCUAAAGUUUGUUACCCUGGUAUUUCAGAGGUUCAGUCCCGAUUCCUUGGAGUUUCAACCUGGCUCAGAACAUUAUUUUAUUUCAACAAGUAAUGGCAGGCAAGAUUCGUUAAACAGUACGUCAGGUGGUCACUGUGAUGACAUAACAAAUGGUAUUUCGAUGAAGAUGAUGAUUUACGUUUGUACCAAUGAAACAGAUCCUGCAUGUAAUGAGAAAACAGAGCCUCCUACUACAGCGAUAACAGAAAGCACUACAAAAAAAGGCCCAGCAACACAAGCUGUAAGAAAGUCAGCUUCAUCAGAUAUUUGGCAUCUUCUUACUAUCAUCCUUGGAGUCAGCAUUGCAGUUUCUCUUAUGAUUCACAGUGUGUGCCUUGUUGUGGUUUGCCGCAAGAGAACUAAAAACAAAGCAAGUGAAAAAGCCAUGCCUCGUCCAGAAACAGAUGAGAAUGGUGUUGAGAACGUACAAGUAAACAACAUAAACUCAAACAGAGUCUAGGCUCUAUCAAGAGCCUCUGUGAAAAGGCAUUAAACUCAGAGAACUAUGCAACAUAUAUGGAGAAAAGCAAGUUAAUUUAAGGGCUACAGUCUUCAAUAUUUUUUAAUAAUGCUUUGUAAUGCACUGUUCCAUAAGAUAUCCAUGAUACCUAACUCUAGGGAAGGCCUUUGGAAACUCUCAGCAAGAAGGACGAUUAAAAAGUCAAUUAGUGUUUAAAGGAAAUACUUUCAAAGUUAAACUGGGAUUAUUUCUAGAGGUAGAAAGGGUUCAAAACCAAGAAAUGUUUUGUCAGAGGGGAAUGGACAUUUUCUGGAUAUUGGUGCUACAUGUAAUUGAACAUAAAAUGAGAAGAAAGGUGAAAAAUCAUCUAGGAAGCUUCUCCAAAAAGUAAUUAAUUUGAUGUAUAACCUUAGAAAAGCUUUGACUACCGCUCACCAUCAGGAAAGAAAAUUUUGUUUUCUUGUUUGUGUCAUAAAUUUGGAGCUUAAUUGAAACUGAAGAAUAAAUAGUGGGAUUUUCAUCACCAUCACAGAUGAUAUAUGUAGUUCCUUUAAAAUAAAAAUCAACAUUGAAAUAUUCAAGAAGUAUUUAUUGCUAUUAUUUUAUCAAUCUGGUGGUGCCACUGGAGUUGUUUAGUUUCAUGAAUGAUCCAGUUCAGGGCCGGGUUGUUCAAAGCACAGUUAAGCUAACCCAGGAUUAGCCAGAAUUUUGAUUUCAGUUUUGAAACUUUUCAGGGAGGUUUUCUGUUCAUAUUGUUUGUCCUUUAGUUUUAAGUGUGAAUAAUGCCAAACCACACAAAACAUGGGCAGUGAAAAACAUUUUUAUUCCAGAAAAAAGGAAUACUUUGGUUAACUUAAAUUGUGGAUUACCAUUAACUGGCUUUUGAGCAACUCAGCCCAGUAUCAGAAGUUUAAAUAGAUCUGUGUAUACAUGUGUUUGCAAGCCGUUUAGACUUGGCAAUGUUUGUUUGGUUAUCUUUUAUCUGAUUGGUUCCAUUUGGCAUAAUGGACCAUUUAAAAUGAAAGAAAUGUGUGUGUUUGGUGAACCUGUUUGAGAGGAUUUAAUCUGGUUGUAUGACCCUUAACAUAUCCUGAACCUGUACCUUCAAAAUUAAUCAAGUAUCAGCCUCAAUCAUAAUAUUUUAUGCACAGAUUGAAGACAAGAAAAAAAAAUGUUUGUCUCCCUCUAGAGAAAAUGCCAACAGAGUUGCAGCUGUUUUGUAGAAUGAUUUAUUGUAUAAAUAUGUUAGCUUACAAUGAACGUUUAGCAGUGAAAGACAGUCUGCAGAGACUGACUUGAUGAUUCAAACCACAAGCAUGUCAAGCAACUGUCAUGUCAUUUUGGGAUUUUUAAUGACUUUUUAAAUAAACUUUAACAGUACGUAUUUUGAAAGUUAUAUAAAAUAACUUAAUGGCAAAAAAAUGGAAAUUUCUGUUGCUGACUUGAAUGGUGGUGAUUCAAGUAAGCGUAAUUUAAUUGCCAUUGAUACUGAAAACUUUAAAAUUCUCAAAACCACUCCAACAGUAGAAUGUAGUCUUGUGGAGCCACCCUUAGGGAACAUAAAGGCUCUUCAUGCACAAGCUCCAGGUGUAAAGGAACCACUGUUCAUAUUAUUUGUAGAACUAUAAGAAUUGAUUUAGCAUCACAUUUCUGCACAGAAACAGCUGUUCAGAUUAUAUUAUGUCCAACAUGUCAUUUUGAAAGCAGUUUUGAGCAUAUUUUUUUUUUGAGUUAUUGUAAGUUUUUAUUUUUAACAGUGGGGCAGUAAUUGUUGUAGACUCGCUUUCCUGGAAACAGUGAUCAAUGAAUUAAUAACCGCUUUUAAUUUGCUCAGUGAUGCUGUUGGUGUUUCACAUUGGGGAUGAGUAGUUGAAGGCAUGCAAAUAAUAAGGCGUUUAAAGCUACUACUGACAAUAUAGUGUUAGCUUUUGUUGAGUACUCCUUAAGCUUCCUUACAAGCUUUGUUAAAAAAAGUAAUUUUUUAGCAAAAUGUUAUAAAAAUAGCUAAAAGGCAAGAAGUUAUCUUAUAGAUAAUAAAUCCUAGAUCAGCUGAUUUUCAGUGUUGACAAGCAAAUGUAAUGCAUUUUAGGCUCAUGAGCCUGUUAGUUAAUGAUGGUGAAUCAUGUUAAACUUUGCAAUACAGCAAUAAAAUGUUAAAUGCCUGAA